GAUCCAAUUCUUCAGAGGGCGAUAGUGCGCGAGGGCAUUUUAGCGUUACAGUCAAAAGGCCGCUCUCGGAUCCUUUCUGUUUAUAGGUUAUUCUUCUCGCGAGUGUUUUUAUUUGAAAUUUUUUUAUAUAGCGAAUUGUAACAAAAUGUUACGUCACGACAAACAAUUGUAACACUCGAUGUCGUUCCCGCCGGGUUAAUCGCCAAAAAAAUGAAUAAAUUAUCAAUUAUUGUGCGAUCGCAGCUGCGACGCAUGAACACAUCUGGUGUUAGACAAAAACAAACUCCGACCGAGUAUUGUUUGCAGCUGGUUAGGAAGAGCGAUUAUGAGAACUUUUUAUGUACGCUAUUACUACCAAGCAGUAUUAAAUCGGCGGCAUUUGCUGUACGCGCGUUUAACGUCGAAGUGGCGCAGGUGGAGGAUCAAGUGAGCGACAGCAGGAUAGGUGCUAUGCGACUGCGGUUCUGGACGGACGCUCUGAACGAGACUUAUAACGACAACCCGCCGAGGAGUCCCGUGGCAUUGGAGUUACACAGGAUCCUCCAGCGGCACAAGCUGUCCAAACGUUAUUUCAAGCGCUUGAUUGACGCCCGCUUGAACAAGCUGGGCGGCUCGGUAUUCGUGGACCUGGAAUCGCUCGAGAGGUAUUGCGACUACACCACGUCGUCGAUCUAUUAUCUGCUGCUGGAGGCGCAGGGCACGGCGAGCGUCAACGCCGAUCACGCGGUCAGUCACCUCGGCAAGGCGCACGGUCUGGUCACCCUGUUACGUUCCGUGCCGUAUAACGCCCGGAAGCGUGUCAUGGUACUGCCGCAGGAUGUCCUGAUGAAAAACGACGUCUCCUCCGAAUCCAUCUUUCAGGGGCGCGCGAGCGCUGGAUUCAAAGACGCCGUACUCGAAGUCGCGUCCUGCGCCAAGCAGCAUCUGAAAGUGGCAACGUCGCUUAAAAAGACUGUGGGGAAGGAUCUCAAUGUGAUAUUUCUACCGACUGUUUGCGUGGAGAAUUAUUUAGAAGAAUUAAAGAAAGUAGACUUCGAUGUUUUUCAUCCGAUGUUACAGAGAAGAAACGGCUUUCUCCCGUUGCAGUUAUUGUGGAGGAAAAUGUGGUCUUAGGGUGGCUUCAAUCAGAUUCUUCAACGUAAUCAGUGACUGAUUCAACUGGCGAAAUUGUCGCAAGAUCUCUAACUACAUAAUUCGUUGUUCCUAAUUUAGUCUUUUUUUUCCAUUAAGCAACAAAAAAGGUUUAUUACUUUGUCUGCGUUAAGAAUUAUCGACAAAUUCAUUCUUAGGAUAAUUUUAAUCAAUUAACUAGUCAAGCAAAAUACUUGUACAUAUAUUAUUUUAUUAACGUAGAUAUAGUUAUUAAUUAAAAAUUCAUUUUGUUAAUGUAUGAAAAAGUAUUGGAUUGGGAACAACGAAUUAUAUAGUUAGAAAUUUAAUUUUUUAAACAAUUUUUCCGAUCGUAUUAAUCGCCGAUUAAGUUAAAAGUUUGAUUGAAGUCGCCCGUAGUGAUUAAAGUUUGAGAUUCAUUUAAGAUAACGUUUAA